AGAAAGAAGAGGAGGAGGAGAAAGAGGAGGAGGAGGAGAAAGAGGAGGAGGUGAACAACUUACCCUGCUGAGCUUUCUUUGGGAAAUACGUCCAUCAAGAUUUAGAUCUGCCUGUAAAAUCUAUACAAAGUAUAUGCCAGUACAGGUUUGACUCGCCCCCUCCCCCGUUUUUUUUUUUUUGUUUUUGUUUUUGUUUUGUUUUGUUUUGUGUUUUCUCUGCUGUGUCAAAGAACAAGACAGAACUAUCUCUGUUUCUGGCUCCACUGCCUGCCAGUGAAGGAGUUUUCAUUCAGACUUUCCGAAGAGAGGUGGAGAAACCUAAAGACUGAGAAGAGAUCCUUUGAGCCAGAUGGGGCAUUAGUUCUUCUGCUCUUCUCAGCAUGGAUAAACCCUUUCCUCAAGGAUUUUCUCAUGUGCCCUGAGAUCCAUGUAACUACAAGGGCUCCUCUUUAUCACCAUAAGUGCCACCCUGACUUAAAACCACUCAGAGCUAAAAAAUCAAGGCAAAAUGGAUGCUGCGGUGACAGAUGAUUUUCAACAAAUUCUGCCUAUUGAACAGCUGCGCUCUACUCAUGCUAGCAAUGACUAUGUUGAACGGCCUCCAGCCCCCUGUAAACAGGCCCUCUCCAGCCCUUCCCUUAUUGUACAAACCCACAAGUCUGAUUGGUCUCUGGCUACCAUGCCUACUUCUCUCCCCCGCAGUCUCAGCCAGUGCCAUCAACUGCAGCCCUUGCCUCAGCAUCUGAGCCAAUCUAGCAUUGCCAGCUCAAUGUCCCAUAGCACCACUGCCUCUGAUCAAAGGCUCUUGGCCAGCAUUACACCCUCACCUUCAGGCCAAUCCAUCAUCCGAACCCAACCUGGAGCAGGGGUCCACCCAAAGGCUGAUGGUGCUCUGAAGGGAGAAGCUGAGCAAUCUGCAGGGCACCCUAGUGAGCACCUCUUCAUCUGUGAGGAGUGUGGGCGCUGCAAGUGUGUCCCCUGCACAGCAGCUCGCCCUCUUCCCUCCUGCUGGCUGUGCAACCAGCGUUGCCUUUGCUCUGCUGAGAGCCUCCUCGAUUAUGGCACUUGUCUCUGCUGUGUCAAGGGCCUCUUCUACCACUGCUCCACUGAUGAUGAAGACAACUGUGCUGAUGAGCCCUGCUCCUGUGGGCCUAGUUCUUGCUUCGUCCGCUGGGCAGCCAUGAGCCUCAUCUCCCUCUUCCUACCCUGCCUGUGCUGCUACCUGCCUACCCGUGGAUGCCUCCAUCUGUGCCAACAGGGCUAUGAUAGCCUCCGGCGACCAGGCUGCCGCUGCAAAAGGCACACCAACACUGUGUGCAGAAAGAUCUCUUCUGGUAGUGCACCCUUCCCCAAGGCCCAGGAAAAGUCUGUAUGACCUUCCAACAAGGUGGAUCCAGAGCUUUUCUCCUUCUAGCCCCCAUCAGUAAAGCAUAGGCCUCAUCUUUGGAGAGGGGGAGGAGUGAUAAACUAGCCAAAGUUAGGCCCUCUCCUCUUUUGUUCCUGCAGUGUCAGGGGAAUGACCAAGUACAUCCUGGUGCAGGAUGCCUUGUUCUUUCUCACAGUAUCUAUCCCACUCCUCUUCAGUCUUUACACCCUGCCAACUCAGCCCUUAUGGCUGUCAUGGCAAAUUCAGGUGAUAUAUGGGUAUGAGGUUUGAACACUGAGGACUGACAGGGCCAGCAACGUGGAGGUUUAGGGGCUCCCCAGUGUAAUACCUCUCGAUGCAGGCUCUGAUCGUCACUCUGUUUUCUGCUGUGCCUUUGGAAGCUUUCUUCUAAGAUGGUUUUCACAGGUACAUGUGGAACAGCGUUCAACCUUCCAGGGAAUAUGACCCCUUCUCCCUGUUACUGCCCUUCUCUUCUUUAUUCCUCUCUCCUCUUUCAUUAUUCUGUUCUGUAUUCCUUUCCCCUUCAUUCUCACCCUGUCUAC